AAAAAUAAAGAAAAAGUAGUGUGCUAUAAUAAUGCUAAUAAUAAAUCUAGAUGUAAAUUAACCAGAUGGUGCCCCACCCAUAAAUGAAAUGAAUGAUUGAAUGAACUGCAGUAGUGUGAACACAAUCAGAGUUAUCAGACACAAAAAUGGCAGCAGAGUUACAGGUGAAGCUUCAACCUCUGAUACUACAAAGAGUAAGGGUGACAAGGAAAGAGUUGGGUCAUGGAUCAUAUGGAGUUGUCAAUGAACUAAGAGUCAAUGGAAAUCAAUGUGCAGGAAAGAAGUUAAAUGAUUUGUUAGCCAUGGAAGAUAGCCUGUUAAGUGAGUUUGGUAAUGCGAUCAUUCUUCACAGACAACAGCAUCAUCCCAAUAUUGUGAAGUUGCUUGGUGUUCAUUAUCCCAGUGGUUUCGCACAAUUACCAAUGCUGGUAAUGGAGUAUCUUCCUUAUUCUCUGCUGCAGUUAAUAGAGGGAAGAGUAGCUAUUAAUAAAGAAGCGAUCCUCCUUGAUGUUGCUAAUGGACUCGAUUAUCUUCACUCAAAGAGACCUCCAAUCAUUCAUUGUAACAUCAAGGCCAGUAAUAUACUCCUCACUGUUGGUCACAAUGCGAAGAUAACAGACCUGAGUAUGUCUAAAUUUGGUGACGCAUUAAAGCAACAUCAUUACACCACAGCCCCUGGCAAUCCUUACCUGAUGCCACCAGAAGCUCUUGUUCAUAAUCCUGUCUAUAACAAGAAGUUAGACGUCUUCUCUUUUGGUUGUCUUAUUCUACAUAUGCUCACUGGCAAUAUCAUUGUACCAACUGAUCAAUAUGAGCCAAAGCCACACGACCCUGGCUCUUAUGUUAAGAUAUCAGAAUGGAACAGGAGAGCUAAAUAUAUUAAGCCAGCACUAGAUCAUAUAUUGAUUCCAGUAGCUAUGAAUUGCCUUGAAGAUGAUCCCUUAAGAAGAUUAAAUACAUCAGAUAUCAUUGAAAUUAUUAGUCGAUUGCAGCUUCGUCCUGAUCGAUAUGCUCAUUUAUGUGGCAUACACAUCGUGACAAUACUAAGGACUAAUUUUUUUGUAAUAUCUCAGAAGAUUCCUUCUAUGAGACACGUAUCAUUGAGUUGAAGGACGCAAUAACAAAGCUUAAGGGAAUUCCUUAUGAACAUAUAAGGCUUCUUUAUGAAGGUAGGCAGCUUGCAGAUGAUAUGACAUUCAAAGACUAUAAAAUUGAAAAAUUUUCAAAAAUAUAUCUCAGUCUACGACUCAUUGGUAGUUAAAAAUCAGUAAACAAUAAAACACUGCCUAAUGCACAUUUAAUUGCUAUUUCCUAGGAUCAUUAUCUUUUUUUAA